AUGCCUUUCACCCGAACCCGUGCCCGGCGUGCAUCAGUAGAGGACGAAGUUGAUUCCUCGCACGCUCGAUCUGUCUCGGCGCAGUCAGAUGCCCCAGUGGAACCCGUCAUCGCCGUGGCCCCUCCGCCAAAGCGUAUCACGAAGCGCGACCUGGACAAGCAACGAGCGGAUCUCGCGAAUUGGGACCGCUAUGUGAAGGCUCAGGAAAAGAUACGCGAAAGGCAACAGAAGGUGCUGGAUAUGCGCGAAGAACAGCAGAGGCAAGAGGCGCGACUGGCAGCUAUGGGCCCUCCUCUUGUGCCUGCACCCCAUGGAUCGUCGUCCUGGGACCCAUCGUGGUCGCAGGAAGGAAGUACUACCCUAGUACCACCUGCUCGAGCCCCGUCUCCGCAGCCGACGGAGUUUUCGAUAGCCCCAAGCACCAUGACCGGGCGUAGAACUCCAAGGAGCGCAGCGUCUUCCACAACCACGAAUGAUAAAGUGCCGCCGCUACCCUCUAUCUCUCCAUUCACUGCCAAGGAUCUCGCAGACUGGAUGCGUUUCAAGAACCAGAUGAUGGUGCAUUUCCUGCGUCACGAGACCUUCUACCAGCUAGACAGAAGAAGGGUUGACGCAGCUGCGGGGCUUCUAGAUGAAGAGAGAACGAGUCAGUGGUUAAACUACCGAGAAAACCUCGCACGUGGGAACCUCACCUGGCGAACCUUCGAAGAUUGGGCUACCUCUCUUGUAGCAGACCCAGACAUGGUAGCGAAGGAUAGCGUCGACGAAUGGUACCGUACCAAGCAGUACAAGAACCAGAGUGUCACGGAGUACUCCACUAAGCUAGUCCAGCUGGAGAGGCUCAUGCGGCCUGAACGCACACGCGAACAGAAGAUUGAGAGGCUAAGGUCGGGCCUUGUUGAGGAAAUCAGCGUUGAAGCUCGCAAGUAUGUCAAUAAACCAGCAGAAAGCGACGCAUAUAAUGCCUGGCUGCGUUUCUACGAAAAGAUUGAGAAGCAACUCCCCGAGAGGCAGACUGCUAUCAAGAAGAAGGAGCAUACCUCGCAUGCCGAGUGA